AGUUUAGAUUGUUCGAGAACAAAUUUCUUGAUAAAACCAAUUUUAAUAUCAAAAUUUUUUGGACGGAUAUUGUUAGAGAGAUGAUUGUAAUUGAGGUAAAAAAAGGGUUAUUGGAAGUGAUGGUGUGUAUAAAGAUAAGACACGAACGCGUUGAAUAAAAUGAGAAUAGAUGGUGACUAGUAAAUUUAUCAGAAUAAGAAGACACGGUAAAAGGUUGUGCCUCAGAUAAUGUUGAGAUAACAUUAAAUAGGCGUUGACGAUAACCUUUACCACCCGGAAUCUUACAUUGUUAUAUAAUACUAUUUAGAAUCAGUGUCAGUCAUCAUUAGACGCCCCGCGAAUAUUCUCAGAUUAUUGUUCCCUUGUUUACUCACCAAUCUUCGAAUAAUAUCCAUUAAGUAUUAAUAAUUGACACAUUAGUUAUUCGAUUUGUAAUGAAACAUUCCAAGCUUUAAUGAUACUUAAUGGCCUAAAAAUAAAAGUAAUUAAUCACUAAUGGGAUUGCCGGCUUAAAGUUUGAGAAUUUCUAAGAUAACGUUUCGAAAUUCUGAAAAACAAGUUCAUUAUUGUAAAAGGUAAUCAUCGUUGAUUAGACGUCGGAUUUUUAGAACAAAGAAUUGAUGGCUUUAUAAGACACAUCCUAUCAGCUAGAUGUCAUUAGAAAAAAUGAAGAUUCUAGUGAUAGCACUUGGCUUGUUGAUGGUGGCUUCAAUCCUCGAAGCCUACUUUUAUGAUCCCGAUUCUCCGUUUCAACUUGCAAGAACUGUUGGGGAUUAUUGUGAUCGUCGACGUAGCUGCGAGGACGUCAGAAAUUCCGAGUGUUUUCGAGGUAAGUGCAAGUGUCUGCCGAAUUACCAGCGUUCGGGACCCUGGGAUAAAUCAACCUGCAAAGGGAUAAUAAACGCGUUUUGUGAAUCCGACGAUGAUUGCUUACAUUCGGACGAGGUCUCCUGUAUCUUCAACACCUGCCAAAACUUCACAAAGUUCCGUGAAUCAGAUGCUGAAGUGAAGAAACUUUACCGAGCUACUGUAUUGAGAUCAUGGUGCGAGACUAACGAGCACUGCAGCAACCUGAUUGACAGCAUAUGCGUUGGAGGAAAAUGCGACUGUAUUGACGGCUACGGGAUUAAUCAAAUAGGAAACUGCGACCCGUUGGACAGAAGGUAUUGUGGGGAGCUCAAAGAGUGCUGGACGGAUAAAGUAACGUGUUUUGGAGACUACUGCAUGCUGCCAGAGGAGUUCUUCGUGGAAUCUAAUACCAAGAACAUCUCCGCUUACAUUGCUAACAAUAUUGGUGAUGCCUGUCAAACGGACCGUCACUGUAGAGAUUUAAGUGACACUCGCUGUCAAAAUGGCAAGUGUAUAUGCGAAGACGAUCAUCAUGAAAGUGCGGGCAGAUGUUGGUACUUCCCAACGUACAAGAUCCAACGCAACUACGAAAUUACUUUUUUAGCUGUCAAAAGUUCGCUUAAGAAAUGCACCUCCGACUCAGAUUGCGGAAACAAGCCAAACCUUCACUGUUUCAAUGGCAGGUGUGUCUGCUCCAAAGGGUUUCAGCUCCAAGAUAACGAGUGCCAAGAAAUGACCAAUUCGACUUGUUCCGAGCAUUAUGAAUGCUCGCAUGGAACUAGGUGCUAUAUGAAUACCUGCCGAUACGAUAAUGAAUUCUUCAGCUCUGAUGAUGCUGACAACUACACCUCAGCAGGUGGGCAGUUAAAUUGUUGGACUGAUCACAAUUGUAGUGACAUGAACAACACUGUUUGCUUUGAGAAUUCUUGCAUAUGCAAAUCUGGUUACACACUGGACUUCUGGCAUGAUAAAUGUCAAAAAUGGCCAGUGAUAACAUGCGUUGAUGAUGAGGGGUGUACAUCGUAUGGUUACGGUGAACAGUGUGUCUUUGGGGUCUGCAAGUUGAAAUCAGAGCUGUACUUAAACCCAACAAGCAUUGAUCUUGAUGUAUACGUUGCAAAACAUCACUACAAUUUUUGCGUUAAUGAUCAUCAUUGUCGUGAUUUAAACAACACACGUUGUCACAACGGAGCGUGUGAAUGCUUGCCUGGGUAUGAAGUCGUCUUUAAUACCUGCCAAAAGAUUAUUGGAAAGAAUUGUACCACCGAAGGAGAAUGCCUAUUACCUGGAGCCUACUGCUUCUUCGGCACCUGUAUGAUGUAUCAAGACUUCUUAGCACUUCCUAGCAACAUAACCAGCACCCAUGCCGCGGAAUAUAGGGGAUUCUGUCAAACCCUCCAUCAUUGCCGCAAUGUUGAAAACGCCAUGUGUAAGAAGAGCAAGUGUGAAACGAUUUAAUGAUCAUUAGCAACCUUGCAGUCACUAUGUGACUGCUGUAACUUUUGAACUAUAAAUAAAUAAAAUUUGAUUUAUUAA